UGGGGAUGCCAGAAUUGGCUCAAUUGGGUUUCCUUCAGUCGGUAAGUCCACUUUGCUGAGCAACUUGGCUGGCGUGUACUCUGAGGUGGCUGCGUACGAGUUCACCACAUUGACGACGGUGCCAGGUGUGAUCCGAUACAAAGGGGCCAAAAUACAACUGCUGGAUUUGCCUGGUAUCAUUGAAGGAGCUAAGGAUGGCAAGGGCAGGGGCAAGCAAGUCAUUGCUGUUGCCAGGACAUGCAGCCUUAUCUUCAUCGUGCUGGAUGUUCUAAAACCAUUACAGCACAAGCGUAUCAUCGAGAGGGAGCUGGAGGGGUUCGGCAUCAGACUCAACAAGGAGCCUCCGAAUAUUCAGUUUAAGAGGAAAGAUAAGGGAGGUUUGAACCUGUCAACUUUGGUGCCACAGUCGGAGCUUGAUCAGGACUUGGUGAAGACAAUCCUCAACGAGUACAAGAUCCACAAUGCAGAUAUCACCCUGAGGUACGAUGCCACAGCCGAGGAUCUGAUAGAUGUGAUCGAGGGCAACCGAGUCUACAUCCCUUGUAUCUACCUCCUCAACAAGAUUGACCAGAUUUCAGUUGAGGAGCUGGACAUUAUAUACAAGAUUCCACACACUGUCCCCAUCUCUGCCCAUCACAAGUGGAACUUUGACGACCUGUUGGAGAAGAUGUGGGAGUACCUCAAGCUGGUUAGAAUUUAUACAAAGCCUAAAGGUCAGCUGCCAGACUACUCUUCCCCGGUCGUGCUGAAGGAAGGCCACAGCACCGUGGAGGAUUUCUGUAACAAGCUGCAUCGGAACAUUAUUAGAGAAUUCAAAAUUGCAUUGGUGUGGGGAUCUUCAGUGAAACACUGCCCACAGCGGGUGGGCAAGGAGCAUGUUCUCAAUGAUGAAGAUGUUGUGCAGAUUAUCAAGAA